AUGUCAAUUGAAAAUGAACUCCAGGAUCCUCUGAUUGAAGAAGUGAGAGCUCCAACGACCGGAUCUGGACCUGGCACUUCCAAUAAAACAGCUUCGAAGAAAAGAAAGCGUGGAGGAAAUCAUGAUCAAGAGGGGCCCAAGGAAAAGAUUAACGAAGGUGCGAAAAGGAAGAAGCAUUCCUCAUUUAAUGAUGAGGAUAUCGAUCUCGAGGCUGGUCUCAACAACGCAAUUGCAAAGAUGAACGAUCAUUUGAUAGUUGAUUAUGUCGCAAGCCAAACAAGAAGAUUCGAAAGUGAUCUUAGUUCCGUUGAAUUAGAAGAUCGAUACAUACCAGUCUCUGCUGUUCAGGACACUACAUCAUGGACAAAGCCACGAAAUCUCGAUAAUUUACCAGAGUUUUUGGAGAAAUUUUCUGACAAUACAACAAAACUUUGGUCAGCGUCAAAGAAGAAUGGAUCACCACACACAAUCAUUGUUACUGCUGCAGGCCUCAGGGCAGCCGAUCUUGCUAGAGCGGUACGAAAAUUUCAGACCAAAGAUGUGAAAGUUGCAAAGUUAUUUGCAAAGCACAUCAAGCUCAAGGACUCCAUUGGAUUUCUAAAAUCUUCAAGGACCGGAAUCGCUGUCGGUACACCUCAGAGAUUGAAGGAUUUGAUGGAUGAAGGUUCGCUCGCGGUCGAUAGGUUGGAGAGAAUUGUGAUCGAUGCCUCUCAUAUUGAUCAGAAGAAGAGGGGUAUACUUGAAAUGAAAGAGACGCAGAUCCCUUUAACAACUUGGCUAGGCCAGAAACCAUUCAGGGAGAGAUAUGAAGGCUCCACGGAUAAGUUACAGAUUCUAUUUUAUUGA